AUGAGAGUUGUACCAAGCAAGUGUUCUCCCUUCACUAUCGGACCUGCUUCUUACUUAUUUGUUAGCGCCUACGGGCGGAAUCAAAGAAAAAAUGAAUACAUUGGGCUUUCGCCACCUGAAAAUGCCCGACGGUCAUUCAAGAUUAUCUGCAUUUUAGUAAGUGUAUGCAAGAGACGCAGUCUUAGUAUUAGGAAUAGCGAGUUCUCCCUCGUAUCCGCAGAAGUUAAUGCAACUGAACCCUUCGCUACUCCUUUUUGUGUGACUGACCAACCCGAAUUUCAUAUUGAAAAAGGAGGAGGCACAUCAAGGCAGAAGUCGAAUCAAGCAAAGAUCCUCUGA